UAGUCAGUCGUUCAGUGAUGGAUUUCAACCGGGUAGUCGUAAUUUUUGUAUUCUACGAUUAUGUUUACUUUGCUGGAACAACAAUUCUCAAUGAUGAAUUUAUAUCAAACCCUACGUGCAAAAAACAUAAAAUUCACUCAUUUGAAAACUACCAACUCUUCAAAACAAGAAGUGCUUUGGAAUGCGCAAAAAAGUGUGCAUUGGAUAUUGAAUGCUUCUCUCUAAAUUUUCUUAAAACAACGUUCGAAUGUUCUCUUAAUCGUGGUUUUAUUGCUGAAAAUUGUUCGAAUGCCGUUUAUGAGAAAUAUGUUGUAUAUUAUGAAAAGAAGGGUAAAGCACAGGACUGUUUACAUGGUGGUAACCGUUCUUCGUCACCAUUAUAUUGUGAUUGUAUUGAUGGAUACAUUGGUGACAGAUGUGAAAGACUAAUGCAAAAUUGUGCAGAGGGUUGCAAACGACCAUAUUACCACUUGCAGAAAAAAUAUUUUUAUAUAUUACCACCUGGAACCUCUCAACCAAUAAGAAUCGUCUGUAGAAUGAAUUGGGGUGGACGAGAUAUGUUGAUGCAACAUUACGAUUCGUUGUACGAUUUUAAUAGGUCCUGGCGCGAAUUGAGCGAGGGCUUCUGGAGUGAUCCAAACCACGAAGAAGCCGAUGGCUGGAUAGGCUUGGAACAUAUCCAUAUUAUGACACGAUAUACACCCCGGCAAAUUUGCUAUGAAUUCAAGGCUAUGUUUGAACAAUAUACAUCAACAUGUAUAGAAGGCUUUAGUAUCGGAAAUGAAAGCAAUGGAUACCGUAUUGCGAAUUUGGGACCUGUGCAGUCACCCGCAUGUUUGGAGCAUCCAGUUGGAGCAGCAUUUUCGACGUUUGACAAAGAUAAUGAUAACAACAGUACACGAAGCUGUGCAGCUGAUUACCAGGCACCAUUCUGGUAUAACGAGAACUGCGCCAGGUGCAAUCUUCUUGGUUCUCUAAACCAUCCUCCUGGUGGCAAUUGGAGUGGGGAUAUUAGUGAUGCGUUUUGGGAAGGUCUUGCCUUCAGUCCGCUAUCUAUUAAAAUAUGGUUUCAGUAACAUAUUGUCUAGACAUUCAUUUAAAUUGUGAUGGACAACAAAUAACUUUACAUUUGGAAAAUGUUUCUGCGCCGGUUACUAAAUUUUAAGUAUGCCCGUUGUGAUACUACAAUUGUAUCAUUGUUCUAAUUGUUCUGUUUUUGUUCAGUUUUUGUUCAGUCUAUUGUACAACUCUGUAGUUUAUGUGGGGCAUGUUAAUGUUCUGAAUCUUUGGUUUAUUUUAUUGUUAGUUCAUCGGAUUUUUGCGGUGUGGUUUCCCCAUGUCAUUGGUGCAGGACGGAGGCCCAGACAAGUACAGCUAUCUAGUCCUUCGGAUGGCACGAAAAACCGAGGUCCCGUGUACACAUUGGCAGCUGGAAUUUGAUAUAUGAGAGUGGGACCUAGCACACAGCAUGGCGUAUGCACGUCUUCAUUAGCCCAGUGGGAGCAAACCAGUAGGAUGUUAACCCCACUUCAUUUCAUUUGUUUUAUUGUACAUUGAAUUUUACUGAAAAAAUGGAUAUAUA